AUGGAAUGGUAUGCUGUAGGACCUCAACCGGCGUAUAAAACCUUUGAAGACAUUUUGAUAGUUCUCUUAGGAUCCAUUGUAGUGAAUGAGUGAGUGUGUUUGUGUACGUAUUUUGCCACUUCUAACAUGUAAUAAAGCUUAUUUAUGUUUAUGUUUGACAAUGAUGCUUAACCGGUGUUGUGUUACGAAAAAUGUCUCUGUUAUUUUUAUUGUUUUAUUUGAACUAUGCCUUGCCUUUGAAUUUUAUCUACGAUAGACGUCACUUUGUACUUUGACGAUGUCGGUAUUUUUGACUGUAUAAGCCGAGCUUGUUGAAGUAAUAGCAUGUGCAGUCACCGUACGGUUGACGAAUUCACUAUGGAACUAACAAUGAGCACCGCGAUCACAAACAAGCCGAAGAGAAAUAGUACACCUAGAAUAUAUAUUUAUUUCAAGACAAGUACAUGGAAAUCGCUUGUUAAUCCAUGGAGAGCUUUAUCAACGUACGUUUAAACAAGACGUACUUAAGCAAAGACCUUCCUCGCUAGUUUCAAAGAACAAUUGCGUAGACUGCCCUGCAAUCGUACGGCUAGUUAACUAAUAUCGGCAACCAAGACACACUUUGACUUCGCUUUCCACUGUUGUUCAACUGUCGUGUCCCUGUUGAACCGAUCGAUAGGAUCACGUGCGUUCGAAAGCUUGGUAAUAUCUUAUGAAGCGAUGCAUCAUGGGAAACAUGAAAUUCCUCCUUUUGAUGUCGGCGCUGCUUCACCAACGUUACUAACGGGGAUGAGAUUACGUCUGCGACGCAGGCUAGGCUACGAAUUACGAUCGGGAUACAAGAUGGGGUGAUUUUGCGUUUUGGCGUUCGGGAUAUGGCGUUUUCUAGAACCGAGAUCCGGUAAGGAAAGUGAGCAGCAUUUUCUUAAGACGAGGGAAAAGCUCUUUCAGAUUUACUCCCCAUAACUCUAUUUGCCGCAACUCGGUGAAUACAGUUUUCGCAUCCUGUUAUCUGCCAGGGGUCUGCUUAUAAGAAAACUUAGACCACCUGUAAGGCCCUUUUUGAAUAUAAUAUAAUUUAAGCGAGGUUAAACACGACACAAUGCUGGUCAGCGGUGUCCAUCACUCAUCGUAUGUGGGGCGGUCUUGGGCUCUAGCGGGGCUCUAGUAAUUUUACAGCGCUUUUGUUCAGGUCAUCAUUUCGAUCACGUUGCCUGCGCGUGCAGUAGAUUUAGCCGGUUUUGCUGUGUUUGAGUCUCCUGUUGUGUCGUCGCAGUACCGUGUACGAUACCGUUUUCGAUAUAUGACCUCGUGUUCGACGUAUAACAGAUCACAGUCGCUGUUCGAUGACAGCGGGAUUAACGCCACGAUCUCUGAAUCGGAUAUUGUGGCGUUAACCUCGCAGACAGUUCAAGCUGCCAGGGCGGCCGAACGGGCCAAAGUUUUGUCUUCGACACUGUCUCCAGGGAGUGGUUCGAUUGCCUCUGCUACAAUUGGGGGCGUUCCCGUGAUGUCCGCAUGUUCACUGACUCCAGCGACGAUUAUUGCCCAACCAUGUGCAGGUAGGGCUGUUUCAUCCUCGUCUAUUAUUGUGCCGUGGUUCGCUUCGACCUUCGCUGCCGCCGCGAUGUCCGCUCGUUCACUUGCAUCUUGCGCGGCCAGUUUUCUCGGCGGGCCUUCUCGGAACUCAGGUCAUGUAGCUGUGGCAAGCGUGCUUCAACCUCCUGCUCUGGCCUUAGCUGAUCAACUGUUUGUUGUUGGGCCCGGCGUUUCUCCAGUUCUGGCAAAAAUUUGUUUCGCAGAUCAGAUCUGUGCGGUCUGUUGCCUCGAAUCUGCCGCUUUAAGAGCCUUAGUCCCAGCCUCAUAGCAUAGCCCGAAAAUCCCCCGCACGCAUCGGCAUUUAUUUUUAGUAGUAGUGUAGGGCUGGCUUACGAUCACGCCUUUCGCGAGCACGCGGCGGCAACCAAGCUCACGGAGCCUCUGCUCGUACGCCCUAGUUUACCAAUUCUCCUGACUGGGAACCUGCGGGUUCUUAGGGAAGCUUAGUGGUUUGCAAGUUCUGGAACAGGGGGCGUUGCACUUUGCCUCUCUCUAUCUGUCGUUACGCGCCCCUGCUCCUCCUGCUCUGGUUCUCAUCGCGUAAUUGUUUGCCCAUUCUAGUCGCUUCCCCCUCGUCAACAGCAGGUUCCUCCUCGGGAGAGAAGUCCCAACGUACCUAGAGUGUUUGCGUAUGGACUGAUCUGUAAAUUAGGGACACUGUCCCCUUUUUGUUUUAUUAUUUGUUUUUUGCUUUGUAUCAUUGAUUUCAGUUGUCCUCUUAUGUUUGUCAAUCCGGUAUUUUUGCGGUUUUGAUUUGUUACAUUCUCUCGGUUUUCGCAUUUUUUAGCUUAGUACCCCUUCUCACCCCAUGGGAGGUUCCUUAUUGUUAGCUUGUUACCGUGACUUAAUAAUGGUCUGGUAUUGUGAUCCUAUGCGGGAAAUUAGCUCAAUUUUGCUUCUGAUCAAUUCAUUGUUCAUAUCAUGUUUUUGGUUUGCAAUUUGCCACCUGCUUGCGAAGCUUUUUGUGUGUUGUAGAGAUUUUCUUAAAAGUGUUUGCCUUUCACUCAGAGUAUUCCCUUUUCUUGCUUUAUUCUUCCCUUAGUGUCUCCCUCACUUCCACCUAGUCUCGGUGGUGAGUCCCUUGGAGGUCGCGGAAUUUGCGAGGGAAUUGAGCUCCCCGAUCAAGAGGCAGUGUCGUAUGUCCAUAAUGGGCUUCAGCACAGUUUUUCGGUUGGAGUUCCAGCAUAAUUGUAGGUUUUAGCCUGGUAAAUCGAACAUACUUUCCGCUCGUCAGCACCCUGCCGUUCUUGACGAUUGUUUUGCUAAGGAGGUCGCUCUUCACCGACUUGCAGAUCUUUUUGCAUCCCUUCCUCUCCCUAAUCUUCGUGUUCACAGUGUUCGGGUCAUAACUAUAAAAGGCCAGCCCGGAAACGUUCCCCAAUGGGUCCAGUGUGAAAAAUGGUAUAAAGGUAGAGGGUUUUUUCCAUGCAAUACAUAACGGUCGAUCAGAUUAUACACAUGGUAUCAAAGUAUGGGCCUGGGACGUUAAGAGCUAAUUUUGACAUCAAGGCAGCAUGCCGCAAUAUUGCCGUGCACCGGCUGAUCGUUUAUUUUUUUGGAAGGAUGAAAUGGCGGGGCAAGUACUUCGUUGAUUUAACCCCCGUUAUUUUUAAUUCAGUUGCAGGCAUGAUGGAAUGGACGAUGUUGAACAUUCACCACCUCUCAGAUUCCCUUUCUCGACGACUUCGUUAUGGCAGGACCUCCCGACUCAGUUUAGUGUGCGCUCAAUUUGCAAACUGCCAUGUCUGCUCAUUCGUUUCCGCUGGAGAUCCCUCACUCCCUACCGGCAGGAUUUGAUCAAUCCACCCUCGAGAUGGAGUGCCAAUAGUUAUUAAUGGAGGUGCCAGCUCUUACCAACCGCAACUCGUACGCAUUUGUCCUGAACAGAUUCGUGGGGUGCGGCGCACAGCUGGGACAACUAGGCCCAGACGGGUCUCCGUGCAGGGCGGAUGAAUGGACAUUCAGUUUGUUUGUCACUUGGCGCGUAAAAGUUCACUUGUCUGCCGUCCUCGCUCUUCAUAUCGAACAAGCCUUUCUGGACUCCCUUGUGGAUUACCUCGGGGUGUAGAGAAUGUUCCGCGGCAUCAAACGAUUUGUAGAAGAAGCUGGGUCUACUCGUCACCCAGUCACAGAUCAGACUCUAUUACUUAUUUUGAAGGCUUUAGAUUUGAGCAAAAAGGAUCCUACCAUGUUUUGGACGGCUUGUAACCUGCAGAUAUUUUGGUUUUCUUUGCUCUUCAGUGUUCACUGUUCCGAAUCUGGGCAGUUUCUCCCCUGAAAUUCACUUGAGCCUCGCGGACAUUGGUAUUUACCCUUGUGAUACGCCUACAUGUUUUCGUGUUAGUCUGAAGGCCUCUAAAACUGAGUUUUUUCGCAAGGGUUGUCUGAUCCAUCAUUGGAAAAGGCAAUCCCCCGCUUUGCCUAUUAGGUUGCUUAUGUUUUAUCUAAGAAUUAAAGGAAACGGAGCUGGCCCGAUUUUCCUCUUUCAAGAUGGCAAGACCUUUGUCCCGCUCCACGCUUACAGAUUAACUAUGCAGGAUUCUGAAGGGGGAUGGUGUCCAAGGAUCUUUUUCAAGCGACAGCUUCUGACUUCGUGAGCGAGGGAAGUUGAUCAGUUGGAGGUCCAAAUUUGCGUCGGUGGUCUGAAGCUUCUGGACUUGCUGCUCUCCCAGUUUGCUUCUCCUCCAGCAAGAACGUUGUGUCCGAUUCAAGAAAAGCUGGUCAAGCUUGUUUCUUGGUGGCCUCUUCUUCGUCGUAGGGAAUUUAAGAUAGUUCAUUACGGUAGGCUGGGACGGUUGGAUGCGUCUACGGGCGGCCUGGGGCCAUGACGGUAAGAAGGCGCGAAAAUUUUCACUAUAAGAUCGGACAACAUAACAGAGGACUGUGAAGUUAUGUGCGAAACUCGCUUGUAAUUUCUUUCGCAAAAGGCUCCAUUACUGAAGAGUUUCUUAUUUUCGAAGAAUACCAGUCAGGAGAAUAAGGGUACAAAUUAAAGCAGCUAGUUUUCAAAAACUAGUCGAUGUUUUUAUUUGAACUUUCCUUUCCUAAGCCAACACCUUUUUGGUUAAAGAAAUCUUUUCUUGAUAAAAAAAAGGAGGCUACAAUCAUAACUGUUAGGCCCAGUUCAAACGUCGAACUUCUCAUGUGCCGAAACUAAUGCACAAAUUACUAACAUUUAUUUUCACUUGUUUAAAGCAUUCGAGACCUUGAACAUCGUGAAAAUGAAUCUAGUUCGACUAAUUAAGUUCGACGUCUAAAUCAACUUCGAACUUAUAUCGUUUGGGUCGACCUAAAUAGGUAUUAAGUUCGGUACAUAAAAAGAUCGCCGUUUGAACUGGGCCGUACCUUUCUUUUCGGCAAUUUUCCUCUGCCAUGGACAACACUGGGAAGAAAACAAGCAGUCGCCAUGCGGCCACCAGCUAAGUUAUGAAUGAACGCAGAUAUUUUCGCUUUUUUUUAUUUCACCGAUAGGUAAAUCAAUGUAAACACAAGCCAACGCAUAUUUAACCCAUUGGCUACUGAGUUUUAGAAGAAAAGUGUCAAUACAUAUGCAUGAACUCUUAUCGGUUUCACCAUUGUCUUUACGACGAGAAACCCAGCGAAAACAUAGCGUCCCAGAAGGACAACGGUAAAAGGUCACGCGUGUUUUGCGUGACGUAACAUCUAUCCAACCGUCCCAGACGACCGUAGUGACCUAUCUUAAAUUCCCUAGUGUCUUUCGUACGGCGGUCACUGGUUGACAGGUGUCCUUUUUUACGCAUCCUGUCAGCAGUGUUAGGUAUUUCGCGGCUUCCACGGCCCUGCUGGCUGCCUCCCCUUUAGUCGUGUCAGUUUGAAUUGCACCUAACGACAGCUUGCGCCUCGGCUCUGGCGAACGUGCUUUAGGUAGGUAUUAGGGCCUCUAGUCUUCUUCAGUGUUGAGUAGCUUUUCGUUUGUUUUAUUGUGAGGAAGCUUGGGGUUGGUGUUCGAUGCCUUUGGGGGAACCAGGUCCUGUGAAUCCCCUUGUUCCCGGUCCCUGGUUUUUUUUCUCGAAGCACCUGUAGACUGGUUUGAGUAGUUGCCGCUCACAGGGCUGUCAUGGUUACCUUGCAAGUUCGCUUGCGGCUCCCUCAGUUUCACCAGUCACCUUCCACACACCCAUCUUGCUGGGAGACAAUGCUAAACUGGUGGCUCCGUCACAAAUCGUAUGUGGGGUGGUCUUGGGCUUUAGUAGGGCUCAAGUAAUUUUACAGCGCUGUCGCUGAGGUAAGCGUACAGUAGCUUUAGCCAUUUUUGCUCUCAGCACUCCCUGCCCUCCAGCAUCUGCGAAUUUCUCCACUAAGGUUCUCAGUGUGACGGUGCCUGGUGGUUACCGCCCACAGGGUUGUCACGGUUGCCUUCCAGGAUCUCUUGCGGCUUCCUCAGUUUCAACAGGAAACUUCACCACACCCAUCUAUUGUUGAUAGGUUUAAAGAAAAGCUAACAUUUUCAGCCCUCCGGUUCCUUGAAGUGUUUUACCACUGUAUUACAAUUUUUAGGUGUGUGUCUAAUUGGUCUGUGCUUAAGAUUGCAUCUUCCUUACUUACGGAUUUCGCUUUACAUGUUUUACAAUAGACACAACAGGUGGUUCCAUUAGAUGAAGUCUGUAACAACAUAGAGGGUAACCUACCUUACUAAUAUCAGGAAUUAUUCCUUUAGCCGAGGCGAUUUCUCCUCCCGAAAGUAUGGUAGUCAUGUUGGGAAUGUAAUUAGUACUACUCAAGACGUUUUUGUCAGCACCAGAUGAUUCUCCAACCACGUCGGUUGCUUCCCCCCCAAAUCCUGUCAACUAGAAAACAACAAAAAUAGAAUUAACCUCUUGGAUUGCUCAGUUACUCCAUGAUGGCCUUUUUUUACCUAAGGAUCAGUACUGCAUACACCAAAGACAUGUUAGCCAGCAGGAAAUGGUCAUUUCAGAUAAAGUCAGUUACACUCAGACCCCGUUAAUACGGGAACCGAAUGCCUUAAAAAUUGCCUGUAUCAACGGGGUGUUCGUAUUUUAUAUGAGGAUCAUGUUGCUAAAGUUAAAAAAACGCCUUUUAUAAGAACAAAGUACUAAAGGAGGACAUUAGGGAAAUUAGGACAUUAGGACAUAAGCAUCGUCAAAUUAAACAUCUCUAACUUUCACAAAGUCGUCAUUCCGUUGACUAAAUCUACGGGAACACUCAAAAAUUGUUCAUUUAUUUACUACUUAAUCAGGAGCCCAUGGUCAUGGUCAUGGGUCAUGGGCUCCUGUACUUAAUCAAAAUCGUUCUCUGUAUAACUAAUUUGAUGCCUGAAAAUAGUCUGAAAUUGACGUCUACAAAUCAUCGCAUCCGGUGUACUGCAGCGCUGGAAACAUUCACAAGCUAGAUUUCUUAUUGCACCCUUGCUGGUAGAUGAGAGAGUCUCCGACGGUUAUCAGUUGCCAGUUAUCAGUUAUCCACCUUCUCUAACUGCGCUCUGGUGCCAGUGAGGGUGAACUCAGUCUUCCCGUCAUCGAUCUUCAGCCCGUCAGUAAUCAUCCACUUCCGUACGUCCUGCAGUAUACAGGCUUCCAUGGCAACAACAGCCAAAACUUGAGUAGCGAGGUCGUCUGGUCUAAACGCUAGGUAAAGUUCUCUAUCGCCAGCGUAGCAGUAUACGGAAGGUAGGUGCUUGGUGACGAUUUUAAACAGAGAGCUUGUGUACAUGGAAUUUAACUGUAGAAGGCCUAAAUGUAAUAAAGUCCUCAAUGUAAAAACAAUUUGCCCUAAAUGUAACAAACUCUUAAGUUACCAAUUACAGUAACUACUCGAAUAGGUGCCGCCCUCAAAUAAGCGCCGCAUUUAGGAGGGAGUUAAUUAGCGCUUCGGCGCUUAUUCGUGUAAAUUCGGUACAUUUCCUUAUGCACUGUGAAACUUAACGUUUACAAAUAAAUUGAA